CAAAAAUUAAAGAAGAGAAGCUCCACUCCAUCCAAGCUCUCUCUCUCUCUCUCAACAAACCCUAGCCCCUUAUCUCACAGAUAUACGUACAUACCCAUCUAUAUCUAUAUAUAUGGCUUCUCUGUUUCUGCCAUCGCCUUCGUCUUCUUCAACAUCAUCAUCUUCUUCUUUGUUCUCUCGUUGCUCGUUCAACCACCGGAGCUUCCUUCUCAAUGAAUCUCGUCCUCGAAUAAACAGCGUCAAAUGUGAUCUCGGUGAACCAUUGAAUGGAAAGCCAUGUAUUCCGAUACUUGUUGAUGGAGCUCCACCCAAGUUCUUGGCAUCCAAGCGUCUGGAGAGUGCAUUUAAUAGAAACAAUACCCGGUUGAAAAUUUUCUCUGGCACAGCAAAUCCUUCUCUUUCUCAGGAAAUUGCUUGGUACAUGGGCCUUGAUCUGGGAAAAAUCAAAAUAAAGCGGUUUGCUGAUGGCGAGGUUUAUGUUCAAUUGCAAGAAAGUGUUAGAGGAUGUGAUGUGUACUUGGUGCAGCCCACCUGCCCUCCAGCAAAUGAAAAUCUCAUGGAGCUUUUAAUAAUGAUAGAUGCUUGUCGAAGGGCAUCAGCUAAAAAUAUAACUGCUGUGAUUCCAUAUUUUGGAUAUGCCAGAGCUGAUAGAAAGAUUUGUGGUCUGAGCAUAGCUGAAAUGACAGAAUACAAACAUUGGGUAUCUGGCAGACAUACACAAGGGCGUGAAUCCAUCGCUGCAAAACUUGUGGCAAACCUAAUCACAGAAGCAGGUGCAGAUCGUGUUCUUGCUUGUGAUCUGCAUUCCGGGCAGUCCAUUGGUUACUUUGAUAUUCCAGUGGAUCAUGUGCACUGUCAGCCUGUGAUUCUUGACUAUCUUGCUAGCAAGACGAUUUGCUCUAAUGAUAUGGUCGUGGUCUCACCUGAUGUUGGAGGGGUGGCUAGAGCACGUGCUUUUGCAAAAAAAUUAUCUGAUGCGCCUUUAGCCAUUGUGGAUAAAAGACGGUAUGGGCACAAUCUUGCUGAGUGCAGGGAUUUGAUCGAUUAUUUACAGUUGUGUUGUGAUAUCAAUGGAAAGAAUUGUUGCAGCUCAUUGUUUGUUAUUCUUUUUCAUGAAAUUUUCUUAAUGUCCAUUAUUUUAAAUGCUAUUGUUCAGGUGAUGAAUCUCAUUGGUGAUGUUAAAGGAAAAGUUGCAGUAAUGGUGGAUGACAUGAUUGACACUGCUGGUACUAUUGCAAAAGGUGCAGCUCUGUUACAUGAGGAGGGGGCCAGGGAAGUCUAUGCUUGCAGCACUCAUGCUGUUUUUAGCCCUCCUGCAGUCGAAAGGUUGUCCAGCGGGCUGUUUCAAGAAGUCAUCAUUACAAACACAAUACCAAUGAUGGAGAAGAAAAACUUCCCACAGUUGACGGUUCUUUCAGUUGCCAACCUACUGGGAGAAACCAUUUGGCGUGUUCAUGAUGAUUGUUCAGUGAGUAGCAUUUUUCAGUAACGUGGAUUCUUGUAUUGACCGAUAGCAUCUCCCACCUUAUGUGCUAGCGGGUGGGAAGGUUCUUGUCUCCCCUCUCUCAUUCCAUCAGAUUUGUUUCCUUAUAUACCCUUUCCUUUUUCUUUUCCUUUCCUUUUCCUCUCCCUCUUCGUUGACCCCUUCCCUUUCCACCCUGUCCAUCCUUUGCCUUGCUAAAAAAGGUUAGAGCACCUUGCCUCCAGUUUAUCAGCCUUCAAGCCAACAGAGCUGGUGUUUUCUUUUUUGGGAGAGGUUUCUCUCCUGAGCAGAUGCCAUGGGCUUCACUUUGAUAAUCUGAUCUAUUCAUUUUUUAGGCCAUUAUAAAAAAUGAUAAUCAUAAUUACGUGAUUUCAUCAUAAUUGACAAAAUCACGUGAUUAUGAUUAUUGAAUCAAUCUUAUUUUUUCGUGAAUAAUUUACUCAGAGGGGCGUCUGUAUAAGAUGAAAUGAUCAAAUCAUCGAAAUGAAAUAUGAUCCAUGUUGGGCUCAUGCGCUCAAAUUGAACUGGUAUGUAUUGGAGAGAAGCGCAACCAUUCUUAUUCCUUAUCCUCUUUUGCUGUUUAGAGUAUUGACAUGGAGCUUCUUGAUUUCAUCAGAUUAGGUAUUUUGAUUUCUGACUAAAAACCCAUUAGUAGAUUGUAUUGGAAAGAUCACUUCUAUGAUUUCUGUAAACCAUUAUUGAAAUGAUAAA